AUGGGAGUGAAGCGGAACCUGCAGGGCUGGGGCACUUUGCUCAGCCUCUUGGCCAACAUCUUCACCAUCCUGUCCACUGCAACCAACUACUGGAUUCGCCAGCAGAAGGGGCACAGUGGCCUGUGGCUGGAGUGCACCCAGGGCCUGUGCUCCAACAUCCCCUGCCAGACCACGAUCUCAUUGGCCGGGGCGUGCAUGGUGCUGGCGGGUGGCGUCUGGGUGGUGGCCACGAAGGUGGCGUUGUGGAUUCUGUGUCAGGGCGGACUAUCGCUGCGGGGCCGGACUACAAGCACGCUGCUCUUCAUCAGCGGGCUGCUGCUGCUGACGGCGCUGACCAGCUACACAGCGGGGAGUGAGAGGAAGGAUGACGCCUUCUUCUCCUGGUCCUAUUUUUCAGGGUGGCUGGCUUUACCUUUCUCUGUUCUCGCGGGCUGCUGCUUCCGGCUGGCGGACCUGAUCCUGCAGAGCACCGAGGCCAUCGGCGACUUCCCCGUGUGCCUGUGAGCGCGCCGGCCCGGGCGCAAUA